AUGGAGUGUCUGAAGAUGCGCUUUUCCCCGGUCUGAGAACCGCUCACACUUUGAAUGAACCCAUCCAUCUUUACAGGCUUUCCCUACCGGAACGGGAGCUUCGCGAGCGAGCGCUUUUUCUCUAGAACCUCUCGGAAGGACAUAGCCACCGGAGAGACGACGGUAACUGGAAGACUUUGCGGGUCUGCGGGGCGGUCGGGCAGGCUGCGAGCGGCUGCUGGGAGAGCGUGACGGGCGAAGGCUGGAGGUUCGCGCCGGCUGCCCGCAUCCAGAUGUGCAAGCCAGCCGCCGCCAGGGAGGCUUCGCCGCGCAGCCCCGGCCUAAACGCCUUGCAGGAGGUUUGUCCCAGCCUGCGCGCCGUGCCCUGAGCUCUUAAGCAGGGAAAGCGCGCGGACAUGGGCGAGACCAUGUCAAAGAGACUCAAGUUGCACCUCGGAGAGGCGGAGAUGGAGGAGCGGGCGUUCCCCAAUCCCUUCCCAGACUAUGAGGCCGCCGUCUCCGCCGCGGGGCUCGCCGCUGGAGCUGCGGAGGAAACGGGCCGUGCUUGCCCUCUCCCCACCACAGACGACCCGGGCCUGCCUUUCCACCCCAACGGGAAGAUUGUUCCUAACUUCGUAAAGCGUAUCCAGCCCAAAAUCAAAGAUCUUCUACAGCAAAUGGAAGAGGGACUGAAGACAGCGGACCCUCAUGAUUGCUCUGCAUAUACUGGUUGGACAGGCAUAGCACUUCUGUACCUGCAGCUGUACCGGGUCACUGGCGACCAGACCUACCUGCUGCGAUCCCUGGAUUACGUGAAGAGAACACUCCGAAAUCUGAGUGGUCGCAGAGUCACUUUCCUGUGUGGAGAUGCUGGGCCCCUUGCUGUGGGAGCUGUCAUCUACCACAAACUCAAAAGUGAAUGUGAGUCCCAGGAAUGCAUCACAAAACUUCUACAGAUGCACAGAACCGUUGUCUGUCAAGAGUCAGAGCUUCCGGAUGAGCUGCUGUACGGACGGGCAGGUUACCUGUAUGCCCUACUGUACCUGAACACAGAGAUCGGCCCCGGCACUGUUGGUGAGACAGCUAUUAAAGAGGUAGUCACUGCUAUUAUUGAGUCAGGAAAGACUUUGUCAAGGGAAGAAAGGAAAACUGAGCGCUGCCCCCUGCUGUAUCAGUGGCACAGGAAGCAGUAUGUCGGAGCAGCCCAUGGCAUGGCUGGAAUCUACUACAUGUUAAUGCAGCCAGAAGCAAAAGUGGACCAAGAAACCUUAACAGAAAUGGUGAAGCCUAGUAUUGAUUAUGUGCGCCACAAAAAAUUCCGAUCUGGAAAUUACCCGUCCUCAUUAAGCAAUGAAACAGACCGAUUGGUGCACUGGUGCCAUGGUGCUCCAGGAGUCAUCCACAUGCUCUUGCAGGCCUAUCAGGUUUUUAAAGAGGAAAAAUACCUGAAAGAGGCCAUGGAGUGCAGCGAUGUGAUUUGGCAGCGAGGUCUGCUCCGGAAAGGCUAUGGAAUCUGCCAUGGAACCUCCGGAAAUGGUUAUUCGUUUUUGUCCCUUUACCACCUUACGCAGGAUAAGAAGUACCUCUAUCGAGCCUGCAAGUUUGCAGAGUGGUGCCUAGAUUAUGGAGCACAUGGGUGUCGCAUUCCUGACAGACCAUAUUCCCUCUUUGAAGGUAUGGCUGGUGCUGUUCACUUUCUCUCUGACAUCUUGGUACCAGAGACGUCACGGUUUCCAGCAUUUGAACUUGGCUUUUUGCAGAAGGAUUAAAACGGUGCAAAAAGACAACAUACCAUUGGACCAAAAGCCACCUGACUGAUUAGUGCCUGACACAGAACCUAAUGUAAAGAAAAAAAGGGGGGGCAAAACCCUCACAGCCCCUUUUGUUGCGAAGACCCCCAAAUUAGAGCAUGAGUGAUAGAAACCACACGUCAGCACUUUGUGUCAGCCUUCCCCUUCAUGGUGAAAUACGAAUUCUCCAUAUCUAGGCUCCCUGUAGUGUGCAUGUUUCUUGGUGCUUGUCUAUAGGUGUAAAUUGACUAGAUAGAAGAGUCACACUCAUCACAUGACCUCUUAGCUGAGCAUGUGGGAGUGUUUAAGGUGACAGCCACACCUUUUUGUACAUAGUAUCUAAAGUAGGGUGUCAUCUCUAUCAACAAAAAACCAGUUGUGAUGUGUCUUAAACACCAGCUAGCCGAUCUCGAUCCCUGUGAGAAAAGUGCGUUAGCAUUUUCCGUGGCAGCGUUCAGAAGAGCAUGAGUGAAAGGCAGCUUCCUGAACCAGAAGGAAAGUGGGCGACUCAGCAUGCAUUGCAGAGCUUAAGAAGGCACAGGUGGCAAACACAAUUAGUGACUAAUUAUUAGCCAUUCUCAGACAUUCACCCAGAUGAAAACAGCCUCCACCUGUUAUCAGUACAGCUUAUCCUGUAAAGCAGAGUAGAUAAAGCCAGCCAGAUCCAUCUAUAGCCCUUCAAAAGUUUAUUUCAUAUGUUGGUAACUUAUUAAGGUAUGAAUUUAAAAUUAAUACAUUCCUUAUUUUUCAUACAAAUUGAGGGGAUAAAUUCUAGGCUGGAUUUAUACACACAAGGAACAAACAUUCUAACCAAGACAAUUAUUAUCUAGGUGAUUUUUUAAAAUUAUUUUUAAGGACAUCUUGUUGGAUUCACAUACAGUUAAUAAUCCUAUCACAUAAAUUUCAGAGUUUGGUUGUUGUUUGUGAUACAAGUAGGCUAGAUUUCCUAAGCAUGUUUGGUUGUGGAGAUAAUUCAUAAAAGACAAGGCAGGAUUGUGUAAUAGUCUGGACCUCAGUACUUCCUAAAUGCUUGCCCUAGUUACUACUCCUUUUAUAAAGUAGGAAGAAUUGUGAGUCUUCAAGAGAAGGCCUCUUCAUGCGUGGGCCAUUUUGAGUGCUGAGCCUUGUUUGUGGGACUGGUACCCUAAACAUCUGGCCUUCCGUUUCCAGGUGAUGCCUCAUAAGUCUCUUCAUUCUAAGUCGUGACUAUUCUCAUUCACCUUGGGUUGAUUACUUCCAUGUGUAUAAAUCCCCAAGAUUAUCUUCCAAUCUCCCUGAGCCUGAUUAUGGGCUUCUCAGGGCCGUCCAGCACCUCCUUACCUAACGGUAGGGCAAACCAUCCCAGACAGGCUGAGGGGAAGUCGUUCUGCAGAAGACCUCAGGUGCUGUCUAGUCUCACCCGAACCAUACAGUUUUCAUUUUCUUGGAGCUAAUUUCUGAGAUCUGGAUUGUUUAGUUCAUGAAGGAAGCCCCUGGGGCUGUGUAGUAAGCCCUUUUCUGAACCAAGGUGGCAGUUUGCAGGGCUCUGGCUCUGACCAAGGGCCCUCAAGGCAACAGUAGCAGUAGUGACUCUCCCCUUUAUAAACUCCUAACUGUUUGACAAAUAACUAGUAUCUUCUGGCCAACUUGCCAAGGGAAAAAAUAAAAUACCCCCAGGAUGAAUGGGGGCAGGGUUUGUUUGGUCCUUUUAGACGGGUGGGCUGACACCUUCCCAUUCACCACUGGUAUCGACAGUUGUGCAUCUCAGUCGCUCUACACGGAUUCCUUAUCGCACCCACGACACGUGCUGCUGUCCUACAAAAGCUGCAGCCCCCGUCCCAUAAGGCCAAGGAGAAAUGGCAUGCAAACAGGACUGAGGGCUCAAAUAUGACCAUUUGAUAGUAUAAAAUGUUAUAAUGUAUGAAAUCUAAUUUAAGAACAUCUCACUUUUGUUUCUUAGGGUUGUUUUAUGUCAACAACUGUAUUCUAAAUGUGUUGAAGAUUAAAAAAAAUGUACACACAGAAUACCAUUUUGAAAUCUGGAGGGAAAAAGGUAAUGUCCACAAAAAGUGUUUGGGGUUCUUUGGCUUUGUUAAUAAAAGACAGUUUUGUGGCGAGGA